UUCGUAGUAAUAUUUACAUUUUCGUUGUAAAGGAAAUUAUAAUUUAUUUCUGGAUGCAUUUAGCAUAAGUGGGACAAAAUGAUUUGGCAGAAAUUAACGAUAACUACAAGAUUAACGUUAUGUGCAUUAAUUCAUUUUACUUCAGGCGGGAAUAUUUCUAUACAGAAACCCGGUAAUCAGACUGGUGAGACGCCAUAUGAAUGUGGUAGAAAUGUUACACUCACUUGUAAGUUUAAGAAAAACACAUUUGCCAUUGUGUGGAUGAAAGCAACCGAUAUAAUACCAAUUGCAAAAUGUACGCAAAAUAAUUGCGUUUUAACCCCUGAAUAUAACGGACAGUACACGUUUACAUACGAUAUUCAGGGCAUCUUAAAUUUGACAAUUAUAGAGAUAACCAAGGAAGAUAAUGGGAGAAAGUUGAUUUGUUCAGAUGGUUCUGACAGCGAUUAUGAAGUUAUAAAAGUUACAGACUAUGAGCCUCUUCUUUUUGAAGAUACAAUUAGUGGGACUGUAAGGGCGAUAUCGGGCUGUAUAUCUCAAGACACUGAAGUUUCUUUUAAAUGGAUAAAGAUGUCAGUAAGUAGUGGCAUUGAGGAGGAAAUAAUUCCAACAAUUCAUGAUAAUUAUACAAGAAGUACAAGAGGUUGUUCGAAUGAUUCUGCUUGCGGCUUUGAUCAGCAAGUACAGUAUACAGAGAUGAUUUCUGCCAAAUCUAGUGACGAUGGGAAAUAUUAUCUGAAAGUUUUAGCGGUAUAUGGGAAUGAAAACAAAGAGUCAUACCAUACGGCUUACAAGUACAUUAUUAGAGAACAUGGUACAUAUAGAUAUCUACAAGUGUGCAAAAAUGCUUAUGUGGAAGAUACGAACUUACUGCUUAAAGACCAAUGCGAUUCACCAAUGAAUAAGCCAGAAGAACAAAGAAAAACCACCACCCAUUCGAAAAACGACAAACCCCGACAGAAUGAAGAAGACAUGGAACGUAGUAAAAAGCUGUUCGAUCGUCGUCAUCCUCGUCGCCAUUGUAACCCCAAAGAUGGCAAUAAGUGA